UUUUGAAACAUCAGUAUACACGACUUUUGCUAAAUAUAUUUUAUUUUUAAUCAUCUGACAUUUCUACUAGAAACAGCAGGAAUGAGUCAUAUUAGGAAUUUCUGUAAUACCAUAUCUUGCUUAAACACUUCUAAUUUAAAAUCACUGAAAAGAAAUAUAUUAAUUAAAAAUGGAUAUAGAAAUGUUCAUCAUUUGUGUAAAGUAUUAGUAGUUGGUGGUGGUACUGGAGGUUGUAGCAUGGCUGCAAAGUUUGCCGAUAAAUACAAAGAUCCAAAUCAAGUUGUUAUAAUAGAACCAAAUGAGAUACAUUAUUAUCAACCAAUGUUUACUUUGAUUGGUGGUGGCAUAAGAUCUUUUAAAGAUUCAAAAAAACUAAUGAAAGAUACUUUACCAAAAAAUGCAAAGUGGUUCCAAGAAAAUGUAAUGAGUUUUGAACCAACACAGAAUCAAGUGACUAUGAGCAAUGGAGAUAGUGUACAAUAUGAAAUCAUGAUUGUUGCAAUGGGUUUGCAAUUGCAUUGGGAAAAAAUACCAGGUUUAGUGGCAGGUCUCAAAGAUAAUAUGUCAGGAGUUUGUUCAAUUUAUGGAUCUGAUACAGUUGUAAAUGUGUUUCCAAAAAUUGCAAGAACUGAGAGUGGUACUGCAAUAUUUACCUUUCCAAAUAGUCCAGUUAAGUGUCCUGGUGCACCACAAAAAAUUGCAUAUAUUGCAGAGGAGUACUUUCGAAAUCAAAAUGUACGCGAUAAUGUAAAAGUUGUGUAUAACACUGCUUUACCAGUUAUAUUUGGUGUAAAAAAAUAUGCUGAUGCACUUUGGGAGGUGUGCAAACGAAGAAACAUUACUGUUAAUGUUCACACUGCUCUUACAGAAAUAGAUCUAUCUAAGGAAGAAGCAGUAUUUCAAAAAUUAGAUGGGACAAAUGAAACGUUUGUUGAAAAAUAUUCGUUACUUCACGUGUGUCCACCAAUGGGUCCACCUGAUGUUUUAAAAAAACAUCCUUCAUUAACAAAUGAAGUAGGGUUUUUAUCAGUAGAUCCUAAAACCUUACAGCACACAAGGUAUUCCAAUAUAUAUGGAAUUGGAGAUUGCAUUAAUGCUCCUAAUUCUAAAACAAUGGCAGCAAUAGCUGCUCAAGGAAAAGUUCUUUUUAAAAAUAUUAUAGAUGAUUUAGCUGGUAAACCAAUGACUAUGGCUUACAAUGGUUAUUCAUCUUGUCCCUUAGUUACUGGUUAUAGAAAAUGCAUUUUAGCAGAAUUCGACUACAACUUGCAACCAAUGGAAACAUUUCCAGUAAAUCAAGGCAAAGAAUAUUUUUUCACAUUUAUACUCAAAGCUUAUGCAUUUCCGCUUUUGUAUUGGACCUUAAUGACACGUGGUAAAUGGGAUGGACCUGAAUUUUUACGGAAAUAUUCAAAUAUGAUAAAAAAGGAGACUGUCGCUGAAAAAUAAGAUAAUUUAUGUGAUAUGAAUAAAAUUUGUAGGAAUAGAAAUGAUUUAGAUUGAAAAAGAAUAUGUU